AUGCAGGCCAUGGAAUCGUCUUUCCAAGUCGCCUGUGACGAUGGAAACAUACCCGGGGCUGUACUUGUGGCCACGAACCGUGAUGGCAGUUUCGACUAUGCCAAAGCUUUCGGCUUCCGCUCGCUGGAAGGGGACGUUAAGCCGCGUUGUGAGGUAGACACCAUCAUGGGGCUGUUUAGCGCUACCAAGUUUGUCACCACAAUUGCCGCGCUACAACUUGUGGAGCAAGGCCUCGUCAGUUUAGACGAUGACACGUCCGAUUUAAUUCCGGAGCUCGCACGUCUGCCGAUUCUAGCUAGUAUGGAGGGCGGGAAAGCAGAGCUGCGAACUCGGCGCAACCCAAUCACCCUACGGCAUCUUCUGACCCACUCCUCUGGCCUGGCCUACACGUUCAUGUCCGCCACCUUGCGCGAGUACCAGGAGUCUGUCGGGAAACCUGCAUUUGCCCCCCCACGAGGUGUAGUUGAAAGCUAUAACACACCCCUCGUGUUUGAGCCUGGAACAUCUUGGACCUACAGCACAGGCUUGGACUGGGUAGGUCUCCUAAUCAGCCGCGUCUCUAAAUUGUCUCUGGAGGAAUAUUUCCAAAAGAACAUCAUGGCUCGCCUAGACAUCAAGGAUAUUACUUUCUGGGUAGACAAGCAUCCUGAAUUGAAGGAUCGCUUGGCCAGUUUAUCCAUUCGAGAUCAGUCGUCGACUGAAGUUAGUGCCGGUAAGGCCAUUCAUUACAAGGGCCCCAACAUGAUGAUGGCAGUCCAAGAAGAGUUUGGUGGCCAAGGACUCUACGCCUCUAUGUCGUCAUACCUCAAGAUCUUAAAGAGUAUCCUGGUGAACGACGAGCAACUUUUGAAGAAGGAAACCACUGCGAUUAUGUUUGAGCCUCAACUUACAGCAGAAAGUCGUGAGGCGCUUCAAGCCGUGUAUCAGAAUCAGCCCUCUACUGGCCCUUGCAGCAUUGGAUCUUUCCGUCCUGAUAUCCAGUACAACUGGGGCCUGGGCGGAUUGUUGUCAAUGGAAGAUGGCGACUGGAGGAAGAAAGGAUGUAUGAACUGGUCGGGAAUGCCGAAUUUGUUAUGGUUCAUAGACAGAGAAGCUGGCCUAUGUGGCGUUUAUGGAGGGCAACUGAUGCCAGCCGGUGAUGUAAAGGUCAAGGAAAUGAUCAAUUUGUUUGAGAAGACUAUGUACGGACUUGGAGAAAGAAAGUCGUCGCUCUGA